CGAUCAUGCUGGCUGUAGGUACGCGAUGAAACAGUUUUCGAGCAUUAAACUUUAUGGGAAACUGGAGCCAACUGUCCAAGACUAACCCAGAUGAAGCUCUGCUGUACGAUACGCGCUGAGUACAGACAAGUAUCAAUGAUUUCAUGGUGUGGUAAAACAAGCUUUAACCCUCUAAAACAGCGACUUGUUGCAAUUUAAUACGUUCAUUGACGAACCUGUCGGCAACUAAAAUUAGAACUAGAGUAAAAAUUAAAAAUUCAUGUCUCAUUUGCAUAUAAAACCGUUUCUUGCACAAAACUAUCUGCAUUCGUGGUGCUCCUGAUUCAGUUUACGGUUAACCGUUUUUCCAUACGCUCUUCUUCUAAGGAUGGCAAAACAACACCUAAAAUUGUUCCUAAUUGCCACGUUUUUGUCAAAGCUGGUACACUCCAAACAUUCAACGGAUCGGUCACCCUUCGACGACGAUAAUGACCUCGUAGAUUUCGGGCGUCUUCUGAUAGAUUUGAUAGCCAAAACGAAGCCUGGCCAUUGCUACGUCUUCGUCACGGAUAGCAUCUACCAGGUUGUUCUGACGGAUCGACUCUUCCGAGAGAUUGAGAACCAUCCGCGGUACGUAGUUCAAAUCCCGGACUACGAAGACACGCUAGAUCCCGCACCACGUGUUCGCUGUAUGUUUGAAGAAGUUCGGAAAAUCGGCUGCGGAGCCUAUGUUAUACUGCUAGCGAAUGGGAUCCAGAUGGAGCGGUUACUUCGCUUUGGAGAUAGGACAAGGAUAAUCAAUACCCGCGCAAAGUUCAUCAUUCUCCAUGACUAUCGCCUGUUCGUGCCUGACCUACAUUACCUGUGGAAAAGGAUAGUGAACGUCGUAUUCGUCAGACAGCUAGUGAUUGACAGGUCCAGGAAUAAGGACGAGGGUCACCAUUACGAGCUAAGCACCGUACCGUUUCCGUUCCCUUUGAGAGGGGUGUUUAUCUCGCGAAGGCUCGACUUCUGGUUCAAUGGGAAGUUUCGAAAAGGUCGUAAACUGUUCACCGAUAGGACCACCAACUUGGACGGACAAUCGAUGAAGGUCGUAGUGCUGGCUCAUACACCGGCGAUAUUCAGAACCACCCACAACGAGACGGACGAGCAUUUGAAGUACUACGGGCUGGAAGUAGAACUGCUCAAAGCGGUUUCCGAGGCAAUGAAGUUUGAAAUGGAUUUUUACGAAACCGAUGAUGCUGCUGUUGCCAUGUGGGGAAAAGUAACAGACGGCGAGAACUCCACGGGAUUACUCGGAGAAAUGAAUGAAGGCCGUGCUGACUUUGCGCUGGCCGAUCUACACCACACCCAGUACCACCUAGAAAUCAUGGACCUGAGCAUUCCGUACAACACCGAGUGCCUAACGUUCCUGACUCCGGAAGCCCUGACGGACAAUUCCUGGACGACCCUGAUACUGCCGUUUACCGGGGGUAUGUGGGCCGGGGUUCUGGCAUCACUGUUUUCGAUAGGAUCGGUGUUCUACGCCCUAUCGAGGCUGUUGAUGUACGUGCGGCACGAGCAAAGCUUCAGCAGCGACUUGGAUAUGAUUGCAAAGAGAUGCGGAAGACGCAAGAGGAAAGUGCAAUUCAAGAAAUGGUAUGGUCUGAUGAAUACUUAUAAGAGAAAGUUGGGGAAGUGGAAAUGGAUGAAGCUUAGGAAGAAACCGAAGGAUGCGCCGGAUAUGAGCAAGCUUAAAAUGCUCAAAAUGAUUCCGUUCAAACGGCAACCUCUUCCUUGGAAGGAUCCUCUGCCGCCUCGAGACAUAUUCGACACCUUCUCCGGUUGCAUCAUCUACACGUACAGCAUGCUUUUGCUGGUUUCACUGCCUCGACUCCCAAAGGGAUGGCCUCUACGUCUUCUUACGGGUUGGUAUUGGAUCUACUGCAUUCUACUGGUGGUCGCUUAUCGAGCAUCGUUAACGGCCAUUUUGGCCAACCCGGUUGCUAGGGUUACCAUCGACAAGCUGAAGGAUCUCGCCGACAGUCCCAUCCGCUGCGGAGCCUGGGGAGAACAGAACAAACUGUUCUUUCAAACUGCUUCGGACCAGGCAUCGAUGCAGAUAGGGCAGAAGCUUGAGCAUACCCCUAAAGCGGAAAGCGCGGUAGAACGAGUCGUCGAAGGACAUUUCGCCUACUACGAUAACGUUUACAUGUUGAAACACCUUCGAGCAACGCAGAAAUCGGCUAAAGCGCGCGAGACAUUGCACAUCAUGGAGGAAUGUGCCGUCCACAUGCCGAUAUCUAUUGGGAUGGAGAAAAACUCACCGCUCAAGCCCAAGGUGGACAAGUACGUACGAGCCCUGGUGGAAGCUGGGCUGACCAAGAAAUGGCUGGCCGAUGCUAUUGAAGAAUUCCAGUCAAACGUGGAAUUGCCCCCACAGGAAGCUACUAUAGAUUUGCAGAAGCUAACGGCUGCCUUCAUAGCGCUUGCAAUCGGAUACGGUGUAUCGCUGUUGGCUUUCGGGGCCGAGAAACUGUACUGGCGGUGUGUGAUUGAGAAGCAUCCCGCCUAUGAUAAGUAUAUCGUUGGGUCGUACCGCGGAAAAGUUGUAAAGUUUUGAAAGGCACAAAAAACAUAAAUGUUUGAAGAAAGUUGAAUUUUUAAAUUUUCCUACAGAGAUUCCCAUUGGAGGUCCUUCAGGGAUUAGUCUGAGAGUUCCUUCAUGGAUUCCUUCUGAAGUUCCUUCAGUAAUUUCUCAGACAUUUUUCCAGGAAAUCCUUAAGCAAUGCUUCUAGAGUUCCAACAAGGGAUUUCUCCUGAUGUUCUAUAGGGAUCGCUCAAGGAGAGAUCAAUUCAGGA